AUGCCCAAUUCCCAACCUGUGCUCACUCUUGUCUCGGUCAGGCAUCUCCAGGAAGCUGUAGUCUCACAGACAACGCCUGCUUGUGCCGGAACGCGGCCUAUUGUAACGCCACAAACACUUGCUUCAAAAAUUCGUGUUCCUCCGCUGACUGGAAGACCGCCUACGACUAUUCCGUCACGUUGUGCAGACAGCCGGUGUCACGCAGGGAAAUAUCUUGAAUCCCCCGACGAAGCGCGCAGUCGCAGUUCAAGCCAAACGUACUUUCGUACCUGUCCACGUUCGCCGGAAACACUAGGCUCCUCUCGGAUCGAGCCCAUGGUUUUACAUCACUUGAGGGCUCCUCCGCCGAGCUCUGACGAAGAACCAGGUGAACCCGUAGAAUGGUGGUCACGUAUAGGGCAGGUGUGGCUGCAAGGAGUCUAUGCACAUCUCAACAUUGACUAUCGCAUCUUACCGCUGGAGCCUUCAGUGAUGGAUGCAAGGUCCCUGGCCGGGCCUAUAUCGAACAAUGACUAUCACAAGAUCGUAUCUGCUCUACUCACAGCAUCUAUCCUUCCAAGCACCCAAGUCAAAGCAGAGUCUGGCAUGCGACCGUCUGACACGGAAACUUCAGGGGCAGUACCUAGAGCAUUCGGAUAUGCUGCCGCAUCGCGUGCAUUUCUAGCACGAACACUGGGGUUGCUAUUGAUACCAACCUCGAUCCUGUUGGAGGUUGAAGAAUCAUUGGGACGUGGUCUUUUUAGAGAGUUGAAAGAGACGGAAAUGAAAGAAAAAAGCGAAGCGGCGCGCAGAGAACAAGAGCAUGGUGGGGUGGGAAGUGGGCAAGCUGUUUGCGUAUCUGAACAUCACCUUCAGUUCGGUGGCGUAGCGAUCGGAUUAACCGGUGGACUCGCCGCUCCUGUUCUUCUUCCAUUUAUCCCCUUCCUAAGCGCAUCGAGCGCACCAAUCGUGCUUGGAUACCUCUUUGGAAUCGCAGGAGGUGGCCUCACAGGAAGCCGUGUUCGAAACAGAUGGGGUGGCGUGGAACGUUUUGAAUUCGAACAAAUUGCUGGCGAAAGGGUCCCACUUCGAGUAACAAUGCCUAAUCCAGGGGAUAAACAAGAGAGCCAGGAAGGAAAGCCAAUUCCUCCAAGUUUGGUCACGACUAUAUGCAUCCCUGGUAUUGUUGUUAGCUCCGAAGAUGAGGGCUUAUGCGCAUACAAAGAUGCUCUCGCGAAUACGUUGGCGAAACCCAUUCGGGAUGUAUUUGUGCUUAAACAUUCUCCAGAUGUAAUGUUGACCACGGGGCAAACAAUCAAUGCAUGGGUCACGGAUAAACUACUCACUCAUGCGGGCAAGGAAGUCCUUGCCCGAACAGCUUUCAAUGCAGUUCUGGCAGCUGUCUCGCUUCCUAUGACGAUCUACAGUGCAGCAGGGCUUGCUCUUGAUAACCAUUGGAUUCGAGCAUCCGACAAGGCAAGAAAGGCUGGAAGCCUCCUCUCCGAAGUGCUGAAGGAGAAAGUACAGGGUGAACGGCCUGUCACAAUGGCAAGUGUUCAGAAGAGCAAAUUUCUGGUUUAUCACCACGCUAACCUUGACGGAUUGAUAGGUCGGAUCCUCUCUAGGAGCUCUGGCCCUAUUCAGGGCUUUGACUCUACUAGCAGAGUCGUGUCUUCUCAGGAGUGGGACAAGGUCCGCAAGAUUGUUGGUAGGCGGAUAGUGAACGUUCAUAACUCGAAGGAUUUCGUUCUUGCAAGCGUUGGUCGAUUGCACGAAGUAGUAAGUGGCGCAGGGUUCGGGGGCAUGGCUGGGCUCAACGCGGUGAAUGUUCACGGUGUGGAAGACGUAGACAUGUCUGAAAUCGUUGGAGGCCACUUUGAUAUUAAUAACAACAUGACUAAAUCUUAG